AUGCAGGAGAGCAGCGUAACGGCACUGCCCGUGUCGGGCGUGACGGCGUCCGGGCUGGGCACAAUCGGCGGAGGCGGCGGUACGGCAGGCAACGUCACGUCCCUCAACCUAACGACCAACACCACCGGCAGCCCCAACGGCACCGCGAUCCCGACCGGGGCCGGUGGCACGGCCCCGGGUGGUGUGGUGGCCCCGAACAGUGUCACCACCAGCACCACCGGCAGCAGCAACAGCAGCGCCGGCAGCGCUGGCAGCGGCGCCACGAUCUCAACACCACAUGGCCUCAGCGACAUCGACCAGGCGCAGUUCGAGGCCGACAAACGAGCGGUUUACAAACACCCGCUGUUUUCGCUGCUGGCCUUGCUGCUGGAAAAGUGCGAACAGGCGACCCAAGGCUACAUUCCCUCCGCGUCUUCCGCCUCCAGUCCAAAUGGUUCCUCCAACAACGGUGCCAGCGAUGGCGAUAGCUUUUCCCGAGACAUUCAGGCCUUUGUACAGUUGCUGGAGAAGGAGAAGCGCCCACUGCUGACGAACAACAGCGAGCUGGACGGGCUGAUGAUCAAGGCGCUCCAAGUGCUGCGAAUACACCUGCUCGAGCUGGAGAAGGUGCAGGAACUGUGCCGCGAUUUUUGCACCCGGUACAUCGCCUGCCUGCGGAGCAAGAUGCAGUCGGAGAACCUGCUCCGCUCGGACUACGCGCUCGAGCACAACAACAACCUGUCCAACUCGAACAGUCCCAUCAACAGCCCAGAGCAGGAUCUUUCGGGGAGUGCGCAGGGCUACUAUCCGGGGGGCGAUUACCUGCAGGGUAGCGACACGAGCGACUACAGCAAUAUGCAAGCAAAGGGAGGUUUACUGGGUGGCCACCAGCAGCAGCAACAGCAGCACCAUCACUCUCAGCAACAACCACAGGCCGUGGCCCUGCUGCAGCAGCACGCGUACCACCACCAAAUGUCAGCACCUGAGGUCGCCCUCGGACUGGAUCAGUCGCCGGUUGCUGCGGUGCCGGAAUUAGGCGCCAAAGAUGUCGGUGGUACGCUGCUCGGAGGCCCACCGAUGGCUCCCGUACAGCUGACCGACCUCGCUGCUGCUGCCGCGGCCGCUAUGGCCUUCCAGCAGCAGCACCAGCAACAACCGCCGCUGCAGCAUCCUCACCAUCAUCAUCAUCAAAGCCUUUCGGUGGCGGCACUGCAGCACUCGGGGUUGGUGGCCCUCGGCGGGCCUCCGGCGAUGGCAUUGCCGUCGCCUUCGCCCCUCCUCGACAUCUACGCCGGCCAGCUGUCGCCGUGCGGUAGCUCCGACGAGCUCGACUCCGAGCUGGACUCACCGGGCGGGGACGACUCCUCGUCCGGCAAGUGCCACAAACGGGGCAUCCUGCCGAAGCAGGCCACCAGUGUCAUGCGGGCCUGGUUGUUUCAGCACCUAGUCCAUCCCUAUCCUACUGAGGAGGAGAAGCGUGUGAUCGCCGCCCAAACCAAUCUAACCCUGUUGCAAGUCAACAAUUGGUUCAUCAACGCCCGACGCCGUAUACUGCUGCCGAUGCUGGAGAACACUUCCGAUAACUCGGGCGACUAA